AUGGAAGAGAUCGGGUGCCGCACGGAGUGUAGAGAGGUCGGAGAGAACGAGACGUCCGAGAGAUCUGGCGCCGCGCGAAGAGAACGAGACGUCGGGGAGAUCUGGUGCCACGCGGAGAGAACGAGAUGUCGGAGAGAUCGGCGCCAGAGAACGAGAUGUCGGAGACUAGCCCCACGCGGAGAAAACGAGAUGCCGGAGAGAUCGGCGCCGCGCGGUGAAUCGCAGCUCGGAGGAACGAGACCAGUGAAUCCUCGAAUGUAUUUUGAUUUUGAACCGCUGCUCGGAGUGAACGAGAGACUGAAGAAUCGCUUGGGGUGA